UUCUUCCAAGGAGUGAGCCAGUCACGGUCUCGACGACUACCACUACUACCACCGAGAGUGCAACAACUUCGGAACCAACAGACGCUCCAACACAAACAACGGUCAGUUGCUCUUGCGGUGAUUCAGCCGACGUCUUAUCAAGUGAUGCCGGAGACACCCCAGAAAACCGGCUCAAAAGACGGAAUCAAGCUUUGACCGUUGACGAGGAGUUGUACCAGCGUUAUCUGCAGAGCGAAAUUGACGCCAACAAUGCAAAGGUGGUAUAUUAUUCUGAGGUGGCCAGGUACUAUCAGGAGGCGUUGGACGCUCAAAAUAAGUACUACAACAGCCAAAGACAGAAGACAGACCUAGAGAUCAGCAAGCUGCAAGAAGGAACAUGUGCCUAG